AUGCCGUCAAUAUUAAUAUCAAUUUAUAUUUUAUAUAAAUUUAUUGUUGAUCGUCAAUUUUGUUCUCACAUAAAUAAUCACUCAAUAAUUGCAAUGAUUAUUAUUUCAUUUAUAGAUACAACAACAGAAUUACCAAUAACACUUCAAUAUCUUCGUGUGGGUUAUGUUCAACCAGAUGCAAAAACUUUUUGUUUAUUUUGGAUUUGUGUUACUUGGCUAUCAACUUUUGAUUGGAUAACAAAUGUAUUACUUCUAUCAGUAUCAAUACCAUUUGCAAGUAAAAGUUUAUUAGCUCGUGUUUUAUUUCAAGCAAAGAAAAUGAAACGAAUAUUAACAUGGCGAUCAACAAGAAAAUUAACAUUACAAUUAAUGGUUAUUUCGAUUCUUUAUUUAUUAUUUUGA